AUGACCACCUCGAGCAAUAAUUGGAUGCUCAUCAAAAUUAUCAAAUUGGUUGGUUUUUCGAUUUUUUUAAUGGGAAAUUUUGAGCUUUUUCCAAUAACUUUGAUAAAUCAUUUUGCGGUUUCAAUACAUACUUUUCAGCUCUUGAAUUAUUAUUUUACUUAAUAAAUAGGUGUUCUGUGUUUAAUUUAAAAAAAUAUGAGUAAAGGUUAAAAAAAUAUUAUAAUGACCUUUAUUUGAUGAUUGUUUGUUUAUGGUUUUUCGCCGAAAAAAAUUGAAUUUUUAAGGUUAUUCUGCUGACAUAAGUAACUUAUUUUGCAGUUUCAAUAUUUUCCAGCUCUUGAAUUCUUAUUUUGUUUGAUAAACCGGCUUCAAUUGUUAAUUAAAAUGGUACGAAGACCCUCUCGAUUCUGAUCUCUGUAUUCUUUUUUGGUAGUGAAAUUGGAAGCAGUAAGGAACGAAUAAAAAUUUGAGCUUUAUUUCGUUAUUUUUCAGAGAAAGGUCAAUUUUUAAUUUAACCGAAAAAAAUAUUGGAUUUUUUUCAAUUUGAUUAUUUUUUUGUGAAACAGUUUUUGUCAGCUAGUUUUAUUAAAUUUGAACUUUAUCUGAAUAUUUUUUUGAAAUGAGUACUAAAUAAAUUUUAUGGAAAUAGUUUUCUUGGUUUAACUGGUAAUGAUACAAUAAUUCUUAUUAAAAUUCAGUUUUCCAUUGAAAAAAAUUUUUCCCAAAUGGGAAAAAAAUAUUGCAAAAAUAAAGGAAAAUCACCUCAAAAAAAAAAAAAAAUCUCAAAACCUUUAUAAAAAGACCAAUUUUUCAAGUUCGGAGCCCUGGUCCCGCUGGAACCGCGGCUGGGCAAAAAACUGCUCGAACCCCUGACGAAUUUGAUCAACAGCACGUCGGCCAUGUCGUUGCUCUACGAGUGCAUCAACACCGUCAUUGCAGGUACUUAAAUACAUUUUUUGCUUUUUUUGAAUGGCUUCAAAAUGAGAAAAUGUGAUGAGUUUCAGCUUUAAAAUGCUUAUAAUUAAUUGAAAUGUGAUGUAUAAAUUUUCAAUGAGUUAUGAUGUUCACAUUUAAAAAAUUUUCGUCUUCAACCAGUUUCAGUACAAGAAUGAAAAAAAUGAGUGAUUUCUAUAGAAGUUCAAAUUUUAUUUAAUUUAAGACAAAAUUCAUUUAACUGGGAAAAUUUUUACUGGCUAUGAUAGAGGCUCGCCAAGGAUUACUUGGAGAUGACACUAAAGUGGUCACUAAAUUCAGCUCUAUAGUGACCACUGUUUUCCUUUUUAGUGGCCACUUCAGUAGUUUUUCAUCCAGUAUUCCUUCCAGUAACUUUGAUAAUUUAAAAAAAAACAGAUUGGACCAGUUAUGAUGAUCCAUUGACCCCUAAAGUGGCCACUCAAGUUUUAGUGGUCUAGUAGUAGCACCUAGACUUCUAUAGUGGCCACUAACUUUUAACCCCUUAAGUGGCCACUAAUUUGACUACUCUAGUGGUCGCUAAAACGUUGAAACCCUAUAGUGACCACUAAAAAUUUUCCCACAAAUGUCUAUUUUAAUAUUUUUGCAGUUCUGAUCAGCAUUUCUGCUGGUGGAGAUCAUACGGCCAGCAUUCAGGUAUAGAAAAAAAAAUACUUGUCUUAAUCAUAAUUUUUCAGCUCUGCGUCCAGAAAUUGGGUGUUCUCAUUGAAGACUCGGACCAGAAUCUGAAAUACUUGGGACUUUUGGCGAUGGGAAAAAUUCUGAAAACGCAUCCCAAGGCUGUACAGGCACACAAGGACAUCGUUCUGAGGUGUUUGGACGACAAGGACGAAAGUAUCCGAUUGAGGUCUUUUUUUGAAGUUUUUUGAUGGGAAAUGAGAAGAUAAGGUUACUUUUUAGAAUUUUAAGGCUUUUCCACUAAUUUUGAUUUUUUUUAAGGGUCUUUUUUGGACUUUAUUUGAUGGAAAAUAAGAAGAAAAAAAGUUAAUUUUUUUGGAUUUUUAAGGCUUUUUCCACUAAUUUUUUUAUCAUUAUAGAGGAGUUUUUGGAGUUUAGUUGAUGGAAAUGAGAAUAAAAAGCUAGUUUUCACUAAUUUUCGAUCAUUUUGGAGUUUUUAGAUGAGAAACGUGUGGGAAAUGAGAAGAAAACGUUACUUUUUGGACUUUUGAGGCUUUUCCACUAAUUUUUAUCAUUAUAGAGGAAUUUUUGGAGUUUUUGAUGGGGAAUGGGUCGAAAACGUUAUAUUUUUAAACUUUUAAUGGGCUUAAAAGAAAUUUUUUUCAUUGAUUUUGGUCAUUUUUAAAGGGGUUUUUCGAAGUUUUUGAUAGAGAAUGAGACGUUACUUUUUUGGAUUUUUUUAGGCUUUUCCGCUAAUUUUUGAUCAUUUUUUUAAAUGUUUUUUUGGACUUUAUUUGAUGGGAAAUGGGUCGAAAACGUUAUAUUUUUGAAUUUUCAAAGGGGCUAAAAAGAAAGUUUUCACUAAUUUUUCGAUCAUUUUGGAGUUUUUUUAGAGGAGAAAUGUGUGGGAAAUGAAAAGAAAACGAUACUUUUUGAAUUUUUUUAAGGUGCUAAAAACAACUGUUUUAUUAACUUUUUAAAGGGGUUUUCGGAGUUUAAAUAUUGUAAAAUGGGUCGAAAACGUUAUAUUUUUCAACUUUUAAGGGGCUAAAAACUUUUUGCACUAAUUUUGGUAAUUUUUAAGGGUUUUUCUGAAGUUUUUGAUGGGAAACGAUGUCAAAAAAACGUUACUUUUUAGACUUUUUAAGGGGCAAGAAAAAAAUAGAAAUCGCCCCAAUUUUACCCUAAUUUGCAGUAAAAAUCUCAUUAUUUCCUUGAGUUUUUGUACAUUUUUAUAAAAAUCAAAAAAAUGUAGAAAAAAAUUGAAUAAACUGUGAUUUUUUUGAAUUUUUUAAGGCGCUUGAAAGAACUAUUUUUUUCAAAUUUUGACUAUUUUUCGGUUUUUCUGGUGUGAACUUCUCACGUAAAUCUCGAAAAAUACUAUCCAGAAAAGAAUUUCAAUUUCCAAAAAGAAACUAAUUGACCGUGUAUCGCUCUAAAUUUUUGACUAAUUUUUCGUUAUUUUCUAGAUUUUUUUGGUGUAAAAAAAUUGUUCAGAAAAAAAUCGAAAAAGGAUGAUUUUGGUCUUAAAUAAAGAUUCUCUAGAAAAAAAUAUACGAAAUUUCGAAUUUUUUUAAGGAGCCAAGAAGAUUUUUCCAAUUUAAAUCUUGAACCUAAAUUAAUUUUGCGUUGUUUUUCUAAUUUUUCUGUUGUGAAAAAAAUCGAAAAUGAUAUUCCAGAAAGCAAUUAUUUAACUCUAAAUUUGUAUAAAUUGUUUAAAUUGGCAAAUCAUCCCUCUAAAUUUCCUUUUUUUUAUCACAAAAACUGAAUGGUUGGAUUUCGUUGGAACGCCAAAAUAGAAAUUAAACUGAAAAUACAGCAAUCUGAAACAGGGAACUGAUUUUUCCGAAAAAAAUUCCUCGGUUUUCGUUUAUUUUUCAAUUGAAGCGAUUCUUUCAAAAACUUUCAGCCAAAUUUUAUGAAUUUUGAAUUUCUGAGUGAACAAAACCUGUUCAAAAAAACUAGACAAUUAAAAAAAUAUUUUUAUUCUAAUUUUAUUCGAAACAGAGAUGUCAUGUUCACGCGGUUUUUAGUCCGAUUUCUGAAUCGCAAGGGUUAUGAUUUCACAUGGUUUCACACAUAGUUUUUCAAUUUUAAUAAUUUCAUUCAAACAAAUAUUCUCUAUUGAUUUUCAGAUCCCUCGACCUUCUCUACGGCAUGGUUUCCAAGAAAAAUAUCAUCGAAAUCGUGAAAAAACUGAUGGAACACGUUGAGGCGGCGGAAGGCUCUCAUUACAGGUUUGACUCGGGUUUUUUUUUGUCGCAAAAAGGUUCCGGAAAAAUCUUGGAAUCGCCAGAGUGAACCCUGAAGGGGUCAGGCGAAAGAACAGCUCCUUUAGAGGAUAAAAUAGUGCUCCCCUAUAGGGGUGAACUUUAGGAGUUUAGGGCCUGAUUCUCUAGCCAGUAAAGCUUAAGUGGCCCCUGUAGGGGUCUUUGAAUUUUUUCUAUAAUUUAAAAGGAAAUUAAGAAAACGCAUUAAAUGAAAAUUGAUUGAUUUUUAGAUAUUUUUCCUUCAAGAAACGUUUUUUUUUUUGGCAUGGAUAUGCUUCCUUAUGUGUAAAUGACUAGAAUACCCCCUAUGGGGGGCCCCUUUUCCGGAUUUUAAGUUUUUUUAUGUGUGGUCCCUAAAGAGAAAUCUACAAGGGCCUCUUGGUUGCCCCGCUAGGGACCACUCUGGCGUUCCUAAGAUAUUUUUUGCGUAUUUAUGACUUUGCGGUUUCAUUUUGGAAUUAUAUUCAAGAAACUUCGGGUUUUUAUUCAAUCUUCUCCACAUGAGCGCAAAAAGAAGUCAAUCUUUUUUUUAAAAUUUUUUCAAUUUCGAGUUCAAAAAUUCCUUUAACUGCAAAUUUGAUAAAUAUACUCCAUUUUUUGGAGAAAAUCAAAGUUGUUUUUUAGAGACGAGCUUCUCAGCCGAAUAAUUGGCAUCUGCAGUUAUAAUAACUAUCAAUAUAUCACCAAUUUUGAAUGGUAAUAGCGAUUUUCACGAUUUUUUCACUUAUAAAUGAUUUUUUUAGGUACAUUUCGGUGCUGGUUGAGCUCACGAAAGUUGAAGGAACCAAACACGGGGCGAAAAUUGCAGAGCAGGUAGGGAAAUUCAGAUUUUUUUGUCACGAAAAAAAUAGGUGGAAAAAAAUGGAAAAAAAUCUGAAAAAGGUGUAGAUACAAUUUAUCCUUUUUUCGUGAUUUUUUUGCUCAUUUUUACAAAGGAGAAUUUCUAAAAAAACUUUGAAUUUGAAUUUUUCUAUAAAAUUUAAGAAAAAAAUGUACCUUUGAACAAGAAAUUUGGUUCCUAAAAGUAACCUACUUUCAUUAUUUUUUCUUCUCAAGUUUUUUUCGAAAAAAAUUAAAUUUUUUUGUAUUUUUUUAAUUUUUCUAUCAGAAUUUGAUUGUCAAUAGGCAAAAUGAAUGGAAUUGGAGAAAAUAUUGAUUUUUUGAAUGUUUUGAUUUCUACCCUUAUCUCUUUAUUUUUGGUUUCUUUUUUCUCCGAUUUUUGCUCGGAAAUCGGUAUUUUUCAAUGUUUUGUACCUUUUUUUCUGAAUAUUAUGCUUCGUAGAGCCUCCAAGUCUCAAAAGAUGUAAAUUUUAUCUCAAAAACUCUUACAUUUUCUGAUUUUUUCCAGAUCCAAGACGUCACGGUCCGAGUCGAAUCCAUCCGCCACUUCUCUGUUUCACAAAUGGCUUUAUUGGUGGGCAAUUAUUGAUUUUUCAAUGAGUUCUUUACAAAAUUUCUAUGUUUUCGAGCAGAUAUUUUGUGUUUGACUUUUAAUUUUUCAUUCCAAGAAGUUUUUCAAUCAGAAAAAAAGGAAUAUAAUUGUUGGAAACGCCGCGAAAGACUUUUUUUGUUGGUUUCCAGGUUUUAAAUAUUUUCUCUCCAGGAUGAGCUCUGCAUAAUGCUGUCAAGAACUUUUUCCCUUGUGAAAUUUCAAAAAUGAUCUUAUUUUAAAAGAGUUUUUGUUUGUCAGCUGGAUUUCAAACCAGAAAAUUUUACAAUCACAUAUUUUGCGCUCAAAAGUCUAGUAUCUUUAUUGAUUUAUUGAUUUUUAGGUGGAAAAUGUACAUUUUUUAUUGGCCGGUAUGUUUUUGAUGUAGAAUCACAGUGUUCCAAAAGAGACGGCGGCAAGCCAAAAAAAAGGUCGUCGCAAUGGGGCGAAAACGCUAGUUUUUUCUAACGCAACGCGGUGCGGCGCGUGUCACCCCCACAAAAUUUCAUUCACUUUUAAUACGGUUUUUUCUCUUUUUCUUGCGUAUUUUACCAUUCUUUCGUAUUUUUUUCACGCUGUAUGUGUUCUUAAAACGUGUUUAUCGCGUUUUUACAGAGAUUUGAAGUGAUUUUUCGAUUGUUCUCGUCACAGAAAUUUGCAUUAAAAGGACAUUUUUUUGAUGACAACUUAUUUCGCAUAAGAUAUUUCGUUUGUUUUUUGUUUUAGAAUUUUUCAAAUGGACUUUCUUAAGAGUAACGCUGUGAGAUUUUUUUCAAAAAUUUUUUUCGAGGCAGUAUUCGACGAAUUUAUUCUUGAAAAUGUCAUUUUUGGGUGACAACUUUAUUCGUACAAGCUAUUAUGUAUCUGUUUUUUUGUUUUUAAAAAGGUUCAAAUGGUAUUUCUUAAGAGAAGUGCUUUGAGCUUUUUCUCACUUUUCCCUUUGGAAGUUCGAUUUGACGAGUUUUUCCUAAAAAAACGACAUUUUUGGGAGAUAUUUUUGUUUUGCAAAAAAACUUUUUUUCGUCUCUUUUUUUCAUUUAAAUUUGUUCGUUAUAAUUAUAUACACAUUGAAAAAUCUUCGAAAACUCGCGAGAACCUAGGAAAAAAACAUCAUUUAAUGGUCUUUUUUCCAACCACUAAAUCCACAAAACUUGACUCUCAUUCCCGCGCCCCUAUUGCAAUAAACCGUGCCGCUGUUGCAGUCAGCCACGCCUACUGACCACAGCUGCCGCUCGUUUGGGAACACUGUGAGAAUGUUAUCAGAAAAAAAAUAGGAGAAAGACAUUUUUUUAUUUCUUUCCAGGUCUUUUCGUCAUUGGUACAGUUUUUAAACUGUCUUGUUUGGAAGAAUUUUACGUUUUUCUUGCAGAAUUUUUGGCCGGUAAAUUUGAAAAAACCCUUACCGUGCCGAUGAAGCUCACGUCUUCAUGGAUUUAUUGAUUUUAGGUGGAAAAUGCGCACGUUUUGUUGGCUGGAAGUGCCCAACAAAGGAGCAACAUGUGCGAAGUUUUGCUCGCCGCUGCCUGGAUCUGCGGGGAAUACAGCCAGUUUGUUUCUUUAAUCCUUUUUUGAAGGGAACACUUUGUAAAAUAAUGCAGUUUACUGAGUAAAUUUAACUUUCAAAGGAUAUCCGUAUGAAAAUACCUACAUUCAAAGUCGGAAUGAUGGAUAGUGGUCGCUAAAAGGAAGAGGCUCAAAAAAGGCUGCAAAAAGGUAGAAAAAAGGUAGCAAAAAGGUACCAAAAAGGUACCAAAAAUGUAACAAAAAGGCAAAAAAAUGGUAGCAAAAAGGCAGCAAAAAGGUUGCAAAAUGGAUCCCUUUAUCGUGCCUUCUAUUUUUUCAAGAACUUCAAAGGCUCAAGAAAUGGUCAAAAAAGGGAGAGGCAACAAAAAUGUUGCAAAACAGCCGAGAAAAGGGAGCCCUUUUCCCACCUUUUCAGUUUUUUUUCAAUCUUUCCAAGUUCACCAUUCGAAAUUUCCUCCUUUCUUUACAAAUACUAUCAUUACUGUAAAAGACAGUACGGUAGUUUACUGUAUUGAUGGUUCUUUUCCUGAUAGUAUUUUAUUGGUGCUACUAUGGUACUGCAACUUGUAGUACUGUAGUUUUAUUGUAACAGUUAGUACUGUAUUGGUGGUUAUUUUCCUGGUAUAACUGUAUUGGGGGUACGGUAAAUGGUAGUUCUGUAGUUUACUGUAUUGGUGGUUUUUUCCUGCUUGUACUGUAUUGAGGGAAAUGUGGUACUGUAACUUGUAGUGCAGAAGUAUUACUGUAACUGGGAGUAUUAUAGGUUUGGUGCGUCAGGGGGUUACACAGUCGUUGAAAAAAAUGAUAAUUACAAAUUUUUUUCAUAAAUUUUGAUUUCACUUAUUUUUCAAAAAAAUCAUGUUUUAAUAGCUUAUCCUAUUUUCAAAAUCUUGUUACAAAAAGUAUAAAGAUUAUUUAAAAUAAAUAAUAAUCUUUACCUUUUUGUAACGCGCUAUUAUAAAUCCACUAAGAAUUACUGACGAGAUAAACGCGAGCUCGGUGGCGGUACAUUGACUAACUCGCAAAAAUGUCGCUUUUUUCUAGGCGCGAUCUCGCAUUUCUCUCGGCGCGACCUCGCAUUUUUCUCGGCGCCAUCUCGCAUUUAUCUUGCAUUUCGGAAAUUUUCAAAUUGCGAGAGAAAUGCGAGCUCGCGCCUAGAAAAAUGCGAGCUCGCGCCCAGACAAAUGCGAAACCGGCGCGAGAAAAAAAGCGAGAUGUUUGCGAGCUCGUCAAUGUACCGCCAGUGUCUCGCGUUUAUCUCGGCAGUUAUUCUUAGUGUCACAGCUCUGCAAAUACCUUUUUCUAGGAAAAAGCUAUUUUUUUAUUUGAAACUUUUUUUCAAAAAAAUUUCUUCUUUAUUUAAUAUUUUUCAUUUUUGUGUAUUACAGUACCCAAGUACCUCGCAAGGAAAAAAAGUGAUUUUAUUUGAUUUUUGAACCCAAUUAAUUUAUCUAUGAAAUGGUAAUGUAAUGAAAAAAAUAUUUUUAAUUUUUGAAGCGGUUUUUCUGCUUUUUUUCGUAUUCCUAUGAUGUUAUUUUUUUGAGGAAAAAGGUACCGAAAAUAAAAAAAUUCUUGAUUCAAGGCGAAAAAAAGGAGCUAAAAGCCCUUGGGAAAAAAAUCUCGUUGCGACCAUUUUUUUCAAGGUUUUCACAAUAUAUACCUUUUUAUCUGAAUUAAAAACAUCUAAUAUCGAAAAAAAUCUUGCUCAAAAAAAUUAUCUAGGCUCUAUAAAAAAAUAUUUUUUUAGGAGCUACAUCUUUUUUUCCAACGGAGAAAAAAACAACUUCAUAAAAAUGUGUACAAAUUUUGAAUUUUUAAUAGUAUCGCCUGUGGGUAGAUUUUUCAACAAUACUUUGUCUGAUUUUUUUAUAAAAUCCAAUCAGAAAAAUAAUAUUUCCAGACACGUGCGCAACGUCCAAAGUGUGCUGGAAUCGAUGCUCCGGGCCAAAACUUCGAUAAUGCCCGGCCAUAUCCUGUCGGUCUACGUUCAGAACAUUGGCAAGCUGUACAGCUCUCUUCUCACAAAAGCUGAAGAGGUCCUUUUUCCAGAGAAAAUUAGAAUAGUUCAUUCACCACUGGCCUAGGACAAAAAAUAGCGAAAUAGCGUGGGAAAAGAGAGGUUUAGACGUUUUUUUUCUUGAUUUUUGAGUCAAGGGGGCGGUGAAUGGAGUAUUAGGAACUGAGAGGUCCCAUUAGGGGCCCUUGGAGGGUCCCCUCUAGGGAUCACUUUAUGAACCUCUAUAGGGGUCACUAGGGCCUGCAAAAGUGGAAAAAAUACCAUGCGAAAAAUUAAAUAAAUGAGCGAUUUAUGAAUGAAAUUGAAAGACCCCUAUAGGGACCACUUGAGCUUUAACCCCUAUAGGGGCUACCUUAAUUUUGCACCUUAAGGGGCCAUGUUUUAAACCCCUAUAGAGGUUACCUCAAUUUUGCCCUAUAGGGACCACUUUUUGGCCCCUAUAGAGGCUCUUUUUCCCCUUAACCCCUAUAGAAACCACUUAAGCUUUGACCUCUAUAGUGACCAUCUUGAUUUUGCCCUUUAGGGACCAUUUUUUCGGCUCCUAUAAAAGCUGUUUUUCUCCCUAACCCCUAUAGGGAUAACUCCGAAAUUCCCAAGUAUUGAUUCAAAAUUUAAAAGGAAAAAAAAUCAUGAAUUUGUUUAGGAAGAAGAUUGGGACGUUAUUGAGUCCCUGGACAAUCUGAUGCUCUCGAAAUUGCCCCAAUUUGAGCUGGCCGAACAUUUGGAGGCUCAGGAAAGGGUGGGAAAUCCAAAAAAGAAUAAAUCAAUACAAAUUUUCAACGGUUUUUAGGCAUGUACCUUAAUGUCAAUCAUUAGAAUCGUCGAGGCCCAUCAUCAACAACGGGAAAAAUUGGCCCAUGAGGUUGGUUUUCUGAAAAAGUUGCAUGGUUCUGUACCUUGAUUUUUUUCAUUUUUUUGAGUCAUUUGUGAAGUGGCUAGGCGCGUCGCGGUCGCGCUGCGUUUUGGCGGAAACUUUUCAAUUUUUCCCCUAGGUUCCGGUUUCAAAAAAAUUGUAUAAAUUAAUUUUUUUUUCUAUUUUAGCUUUGAUCAGUUUUUUAUAAAAUGUAAAUGUUUAAAACAAUUUGAUCAACAGUUUCAAGGUUUUAACGAUUCAAAAUUACAUACUUCUUUAAAAUUCGUGCAGUUUUGAAGUUUGGAUCCUUGAAAUCUGGCCAAAUAAUUUUCAAAAAUUGAAUUUUUUUUUAGUUUUUUUUCAUUUUUUUCAUUACUUAUUGGUUUAAUUUUAAUCUUUGUUCGCCACAAUUUUUUUUUACGUUUAAUACGAAUUUCCCAAGCUUCAGACGUAUUCAAAAGACUUGAUAACAGAAAAAAAAAAACCAAAAUUCGAUUUCAAAAAACCUUCUGAAGGGACAUAGCAUGGUGUCGCCAUGCGCAAGUAGUUUUUGGUCGGUUGCAUCGAAAAAUUGUGAAAAGGGCUUUUUUUAAAGCGAGCCGCAACGCUUCAAGAUACUUCAGAACUUUGAGAAGCUACAAUAAGAAAAAUGAAGAUAUGAUUUUUUUCAGAUCGCUGCUCUUUAUGAAGGCGAAUUGAAUCCGGUUGCUGUGAAGGCUCAGAAAAAGGUUCCCAUUCCGGAUGGGUUGGUUUUUACAUUUUUUUUCUUUUUUUUUAGGUGAGAAUCGAGAAAAGUUUCUUAUUUGGCUUCCAUCAUUUCUUUAAAAAAAACUUUGAAGUUUAAUAUUUUUAUUUGGAUAUUUUUGUUUUUGUCCUAUUCGGCUCCCAUAUUCAUUCUGAAAAAAAUCGUUCAAUUUUUCUUUUUUUGAAUUUUUGGAAAAGUUAUCUUUUUUUUCUUGUAUUUCAUUACCAUACAGAUUGGACUUGGAUGCCUGGAUCGCGCAGCCCUGGGAAAGUUCGCCCGAAGAAUCGAGUGAAGAAAGCGACGUCGAGGCCACCUUCGGAUUGGUCGGUUUCCCGGGAAUUGAAGCUCAAAAUUAUAAUAAUUAUACUAAAUUUUUAAAAGUUAAAAAAAUUUAUUGAAUUUUAAUGUUUUUCUUCUUUUUCCCAUUUUUUUCCUAUUUUUGAAACUUGAAACUGCAAAAAAAGAAUCCGUUCAAAAAGUUCUGGCUGGUUAAUUUAAAGGAUGGUAAAAAUGAUUUUUAUAAAGGUCUCGAGAAGAAAAAGCCGUUUCAUGUGUAAUUUUGAAUUGAAAAAAAUUGAAAUUAAAAAAAGGCCGUCCAAAAAUUAUUUGCUGUGCAGCUUAAAGGAGCAUAAAAUAAUUUAAUGAAAAUCUGUUUUUUUGUUAUAUUUUUUUGGCCAUCCAAAGCUUUUUGUGAUGAAUGAUCUUUUUUUCUGACUUUUUCAGUCCUUCAGAAUUUGAAAAUAUAAAAGCAAAAAAAUAUUUUCAGUAGUUCGUGUGGUUUUAAAGGAGCAUAAAAUAAUUUUAUGAAGGUCUCGAGAAGAAAAAGCCGUUUUAUGUGUAAUCUUUAAUUCAAAAAAAUGAAAUUAAAAAAAGGCUGUCGAAAAAUUAUUUGCUGUGCAGUUUAAAGGAGUAUAGAAAAAAAUUAAUUAAAUUUCUCGAAAAUAAAACCGUUUUUUUGUAAUGUUUUUUUAGUCUUCCGAUAUUUACGUGGAUGAAUUAUAGGAUUUCUGUCUCUUAAUUUGAAAAUUGAAAAAAAAAACAGUUCAAAAUUUUUCUGUGACGUUUAAAGGAGCAUAGACUAAUUUCAUGAAGGUCUCGAAAAGAAAAAACGUUUUCUUGACUCUUUUUAAUUUUUUUUCGGAUAAAAAUGGAAUUUGUCAUCAUUUUACAGUUUGCCACAGUUUGAAUUUGAAAAAAAAGUUUGUUUAAAAUCAAAUGCUGUUCAAUUUAAAGGAUCAUGGGAUAAUUAAUUAAAGGUCUCGAGAAGAAAAAUCGUUCUCUGUGUUUUUUUUAAGCAUCACAAGGGCUUUUUGAUUGAAUAUAGGCCGUUUUUUCUUUAUUCGUUUUUUCUAGACUGUUAAUCUGAAACUGAAUGAAAAAAAUGUUAAAGAUUUUUUUCAAUUUCAAGGAUUUUUUUCAAAGCCAAGAUCUGUUUUCUGGGCCAAUUUUCAGUUGUUCAAGUCUUCUUGAAUUAAAAAAUAAGUUAACUUUUUCGAUUUUCCAGCCAGUUCCUCGAUCCCACAUCGGCAACGGCAACUACAUGGUAGAAGAGGACGAGGAAGAAGAAGAGGAGAAAAAGAAAACGAAGAAAAAAGGCAAGAAAAAGGCUUCCGGAGACUACGAACUGACGCCGGAAGAGUCGGAAAGACGGAGGAAACAACGGGAAUCCGAGAUCGAAAAUAAUCCCUAUUAUGUCAAGGUUUGAAUGGGAGUUGAUCAUGGGGAAUUUUUAUUUUGAAAGAAGGAACUUAUUGAGAAAUUUAGAUGGAUUUUGUAGAGUUUGCAUAUUAAAGGCGCAGAGGCGACUCUCUCAUAUAGGUCUCGAAAAGAAGAGCUGAAAUUAGUGUUGAUUGAGGUCGUUUGAGACUUAACAGACACCAGUAAGUAUUAAAAAGACCCCCCCCUUUUACAAAAAGCCCCCUGUCUUCACAAAAAUAAUCUUUCAGAACGUAGAAAAAACCCCCCCCUUCAUUUCAGACUCCAGUUAAUAUUAUAACCCCCCAUAACAGACCCUAGUAAAUAUUGAAAGAACCCCUCCCCGCCCCCUCCCUUAACAGACACCAGUAAGUGUUAAAAAGACCCCCCCUUUUUUUACUAAAAGCCCCCCGCCCUUUUUACUAAACCCCCCUUUUUUUCAAAAAGACUUCCCCAUAACAGACCCUAGUACAAAAAGCUCCCCGCCGUAUUCGCGAAAAUAAUCUCAGACUCUAGUAAAUAUUUUUUUAAAAAUGCCUUUUUUUCACCCCCUCUCUUUACAAAAAGACACCCCCUCCCCCGGCCUUUUUCCGACUGAAGUAAAUAUUUCCUUACUACUAGGUUGAUACAUACAUCCUGAAAAAAGGGUAUUUUCCAUACUUUUUGAAACUUAUAUGUUUCAGGGUACCGCUACCGUUCCAAAAAGGCCCACAAGAUUUGGUCCGACCGUUCCUCCUUCAGAAUCUGUCGAAAAAUUGAACGAAAUCCAGAGCCCCUUGGAAAUCCCUGGUAGAAUAAAAACAACUAUUUUUUUCAUAUCUUAUCAAAUUUCAGGAGUUGUUGGACUCCAUCGAUAUAUGGAACAGCAGGACUCGACUUUGAGCUGGAAAAAAGCCAAGGAGGAGAAAAAGACGAAAAAGACGGUGAAAAAAGGGAAGAAAAGGGGCAAAAAACGGGCGGAAAGCACCAGCAGCGAGGAGGAAAUGAACGUGGUUCAUAAGGUGGGUAUUGAGGGGAUUUUUAUGGGUUUUUGAGUGAUUUUUAGGAUUUUUUUUCAGAAAAAUUUUUUUGUAUCACUUUUUUAAUGUAUGAAUAACGUUUCUAAGCAAAAAAAUGAAAAAAUUUUUUUCCGGUUUUUGUCAAUUAUUAUCUUUACUAGGAGCGAAAAAUUUGAUAUUUCAUGAACAUUUAAUUCAGAAGAAGAAGUUUUUGAAUCAUUUUAUAUUUUCAAUUUUUCCAGUAUAUUUUUUUCUAAACGGAAAAAAAUGAAAAAAAUAUUUAAUUUUUGAACUUUUUUUCAGCAGAAGCUUAAAAUCGAUAUUUCAUAGCCUAUUCUCUUCAAAAAAAAUUGAAAUAAAUUAAUUUUUUUCCCAAAAAUUUCCAUUUUUGUGUUUUUUCAGAUUGAUUUUUUUAGUAUACAUCCUUCAGGUAAGGAUCAAAAAAACCAAGAAAUAAAAAAAUCGUUAGAAAUUCAAAAUUUUUUUCCAUAUAAUUCAUAAAACCAUUAUUAGUUGAUUAAAUGAUCGUAUUUGAAGCUUUAAAAAAAUUUUGAAGGUAAACCGAGCGGACGGCGAGAUGCCUGAAGGCGCCAGGUCCACCGACGAAGAUGACAACUUGGUUUCAUCCCGAAAAUAAAUGAAGAAGAUAAGAUAAAAAUGAUUUUAGCAAGGCGUCUCGGACGAAUUCCGAGCCCUCGACAUCGAUUUGGACGCCCCUUUAAGGCCCGACGAAAUCGUCAGAGCUCCACAGGCCUACACCAGAGUUUACCCCUCCCAGAAACAAGUUUACCUGUUUUUCAGUCCAUUCAUUAAUUAUUAAUUCAAAUCAGGGCCCUCUGGUCCCGAGACCCCCGACGACGGCCGAAUUAUCAACUGGUUAUCAUCAGCCGCCGGUUAUCACCCAAUCGGAAACUGGCCUCAAGAAGAAGACGAAAAAGAAGACGGCCAAGGAUUCCGAAGCGGUGACGACGAAGAAGACCAAGAAGAAGAAGGAAAAGAAGGAGACGACCGUGGCCGUCGUGGCUGAGACUCCCUUCGAUAUGGAUCAGUGGCUGAACGCCCCCGAGUGGAGGCGUCGUUGAGAAGGCUCGCGAGACUCUUGUGGUGAGCAACAGAAUGAUGGGAUUCUGGAAAGUUCGGACUUUUUGGAUAUAGUCGAUUCACGGCUGGCUUAAGGGCGUACCUUGUCUGCGCUCUCCACGAGCCAGGCGUUGUCUCGUGCAUUAUCGUGGUAGCACCCUUUUUUUUCGAUGGCUCAAGCCAGUCGUGAAUCAGCUGUAGAACAAUGAUCGACAAGAAGUUAUAGGAUUGUAAGAUGGGACUGAUUAAAGGAAUUCUGAAACGUUCGGACUUUUUGGGUAGAAUAAAAAGGAAGUUUUAUUAAUGAAAGUUCACAAGACGCAUGCUUUAACUAGGCUGCCUUUGGGAAUUUCCAAAAUAACCAGAAUGUGUUCACCUAGGAACACUAGAGUAGUCACUAAAGGGGCUUUUGUAGCCCCCCUUUAAGAGGCCAACUUUACUUUCCCCUACAGAGGGCACUAAAGCUUGCAUAAGUGACUACUCUAGGGGAUCGUUCUCUUGGUCCCUAUACGUCUUUUUAACGUUGGAAUGAGGGACAAAAACUAACCACUGUAGAGACCGCUUAAGCUUUUUGCGGCUUAUGAAUCAUACCCACCAUUUUAUUUAAUAUAGGGGUUUUUUUCCCUGACCCCUUAAGUGACCAAGCUUUUAUGAAUAUCACUCUAAUUUUGGAUUUUUUGACAUAAACAUCUGUACAUUUCUGGAAAAGUUAGAACAAGAAAAGAAACUUUUGAACAUUUCAGAUAAAGCUUCCAAUUUUUCAAAAAUUACCCCUUUACAGGCCGAGAAAAAAGGCAAGAAGAAGACGUCGAAAAAGACCCGAGAAGCAUAUGAGGUCAGUCUAGAAUUGAUUCAGAAUCCGAAUCCGUAUUCCAGGAGGCUUCUGGAGUCUGCACGCCGUCGAAUCCCAACGCCGCCUCAAUUCUGGGAUCUUCGCCGAGGCUCAGUCGAACCUCCGUGGAAGAGUUCUCCCGUCUCGCUGCUAAUAAAGACCUCAGCAUUGUUAGUAGUGUCUAAGAACUUCAUGAUUCAUAGAAAUUGGAUAAUUUUCUUUUUUAUGACGGAAAAGUCUCCUAUUUUCUUCCAGAGGCUUAUUUUCAGCCAUUAUAUCUUUUAAGCUUCUUUUUCAGCCUUUUUCCUGCCUUUUUUUCAGCCAAAAAUUCGAGAAAGUAGGUCUGAAAUUGACCUUUUUCAGCACCUCUACUGCUUUUUUUUGGGAUUUUUUGUCCAUUAAAAAGGGUUUUUUUGGAUGAAAAGAAAAAAAAAAUUAUUUUCUUUUCAUCUUUUUCACAACUAAUUUGAGGAAAAUUUCAGCAAAAAAAUGAAAGAAAAAAAGUUUUUUUAGAGUAGCCAGUUUCCUCCACCUUUAAAAUUACCUUUUCAUGCUGUUCUAGGAUUUUUUUGACUUAAUUUUUAAAUAAAUAGGUUCAGAAAUUUUUUUCCGGUCGAUUCUUUUUGGCCCUAAACUUCAGUUUUUGAAGUUUUAACGUGAGUUGAAGUUUUUUUAUAAGAAGUAAUUUUUCCAUAAAGAAUAUUGAAAAAUUAGUAUCAAAAAAAGGUAUUUCAGCCCAUACGUCGGCUGGAUCCCACCCCGGGGUGUGGCCCCUCCUUUUUAGAUUUUUUUCGAAACUUUCUGACGUUUUCGGGAGUUUAAAUUCAAAAAAUGAUUUGUAGGACUACGAUCCGCGAGCCAGUACUGACGCCUUGGAAUAUGGCAGGGUUCUAGUGUUGCUUCGGCUGAAAAAUACUGGAAAAUAUCGACUCCAACGGGUGGAACUCAACAUUGUCGACACGCUCAACGCCAAAAUGUUGAGAAAUGAUGAGGUCAUUGUUUUUCUCUGAUGUGAGGGUAGUUACAGGUUCUUGCGAGGGCCGGCCCGUCUUUACUUAAAAAAAAACUCAAGUUUUUAGCUCCUCUUCACUUAGAAUUGCACAGAAACAUCGAGUUAAAAAAAAUUUUUUUAGUGGAAAUUUUGUAUGGAAUUUUCAAAAUUUUACUCUUGAAGUCUGACCUGGCCGAAUCGGGCUUCUUCUCAAAAAAUGACGCCUGAAUCCUAGGCUUGCCUUGGUCGUGCAGCCUGGCGCCCAAGCUUUAGUUCUUUGAGUUCGAAACACUUUUUUAGUUUUUAGAACCCAGAAAACAGCCCUUUUCCAGUUUUACUUCGAUAAACUUGGAAAACUUGCGAAAAACAGGUCACAAAGUAAAUUGCUCCCAAAGAGUGAUUUAUUCUUCCAAUAUACAUUUGGGAGUAUCCUGACCGAAUUCCAAGAAAUUUCCAACCAUGAAGCAAAGAGACCUUCUUUGAGAGAAGAGACAAGUAACCAAGCAAAUUUUGUUCAGAACGCUGUUCGGUUAUGUGAAGAGAUUGAAGCGGGAAGUAUUCGGGAAUCUUCGAUCGAUGUCCAAGUUCAAUCGGCCAACAACUCGAGGACCCUUCGCGGAACUGUCAAUUAUUUUAUCGUUGUUCGUUUUUUUUUUUAUUUCUCAAAGGCUUGACGGGGUUUUUGAAGGAUUUUAGAAGUUUCUCGAAAGAAAAUGGUUUUUUAGAGCCAUACAUGGGAUGAGCAUGACUGACCCAUCCAUGCUUGAUUUUUUUAAAUAAGAUCGAACCAGCGAGCACCCUGAAAUUUUUCUUACGACUUUUGCCGCCCCCCAAUUUCUCGUUUUUUUCGCCAUGUCCUCUUCAGAUCCCAACAAGACUAUCAUAUGUAUGAUUAAAGCCUUCAAAAAAAUUAAACAGAUUCAGAAAAAUAUUUUUACUUCGACUUUAUUUUUCUCAAAAUUUACCUUUUUCAGGACGAAGAAGGAACUCAAGAAGGAAAAAUCGAUUUCCGGAUGGCCCUACCCACGACGACGUUCAUCGUCGCGCCGACAGAAGGAAUCCGGAAAGAACACUAUUCCGAACUUCUGACCGGAGACCUGGUCGAUUUCGCGGCGACGGCUUCGGUUCCCAGCGAAACUCCCUUCAAGAAGAUCUUGGGGGCCGUCGUGGCGAAGGCUCACUUUUCGGGUGUGUUUUGGGAAUGGAUGGGAAAAAGAAAAGCGAUGCCGGUGCGUCCGGUACACGUUCCCUAAGUCAGAGAACGAAAUUAAACGAAUAAUAAAUAGAAAAUGCGCGAUCUCAAUUAAUUCACUACUGUUUUUAUCUUUUUUUCUAGACUGGUUAGAAACCUUCAAGAACAAAUUCUAUGAAAAUCUUUGAAUAACAUAACAUAAUUCUCACAACCAAUUGUUUUUUCCAGUGGUGGAAGAAACGAUCCGAGCGGCUUCCCUUUUCUCAAGAACUAUUGGCGGCGAUCCGAUCUGUCUCCUCAUCAAAUCCACGGUACGGUUUUUGAAUUUUUAUUCAUACAAGGAGAAAUAUGCAAUCAAAUUUUUUGAAAGUAGGGAAAGGUUAAUGGUUUUCAAACGGUAUGUACAUUUUUUCGAAAACCUUUGCAAAAACGGCUUCGAAAAGCACCUCCUAAAACGAUAAAUCUUAUCCAACACAUCUUGAACCUGUCUCGCUUCUCUGUACUCUCUUUUAUCUCGCCGAGGCUUUUUUUUCUUUUUUUUUUUUCUACGCCGAGAGGGUGAAGAGGGCGCAGAUAGGUUAGACAGUUCAAAAUCGUAAACGAAGCCUCUGAAAACUUUAAAAUUAGUUGGGAGAUUUUUUUAGAAGUCGUUCUUCUGAUUGGUUUGAAAAAAGAUGUGUGGCAAAAAAGUCUCGAGGUAGAAUGAAAGAGCGUUCGAAAACGAGAGGCUUUUCAGAAAAAUAAAAUUCUAACUGUCUGGAGCUCUCCAAUUUUUACGUUAUCUAUGACUUUCAGUUUCGUUUCAUAAUAAAAGGAUAUGACCUCGAAAAGUGCCUAAUAAAGAGAAGCGAGAGAGCAUGAGGAAGUUAGAGGCUUCCAGAUGAAAAGAAUAGAUUAACUGUCCAGAUCCCUCCUUAUUCUCACUGAUCUCUAGUUCUAGGAUUUUGGCUGGAAGGCUUUGCCCUGAAAAAUGACUCUAAAAAGUGAGCUUCAAGGUUUUCUAAGUAACCUUUAACUUAUUUUCGAAUCAAAUUUGAAAAUUUGCUGAUUUUUUGAAAAAAUUUUGUCCCGAAAAGCAAGUUUCAGGAAAAAGGGGUCCAAAUAGACGGAAAAGCCGGCGAACAACAGCUGAUCCAGUCGAUCGUCCAGGACGUCGCCGAAAUUUGCGCCAGGGCAUAA